AUGUCCAUUACAGCAGAUGGCAUCUAUGCCGCCCUCCCUACUACCACCAGAGGCCAACCUACCCCGCUGUCUGCUGAUUCCAAGGGCGAACGAAUAGCCUACGCGUCGAACAAAUCAAUCUUCCUUCGUUCUAUCGAUGACCCUGCCAUAUCUACUCAAUAUACCCAACACACAGCAGCAACCACAGUUGCGAGGUUUGCACCUUCCGGAUUCUACUGUGCAUCUGGGGACGCCUCAGGCAUCGUCAGAGUAUGGGACUGCUCACCCAAUGGAUCCGGGGUUACAAAAGGAGAAUAUGCUAUUAUAUCUGGACGGAUCAAUGACAUCGCAUGGGACGGCGACAGCCAGCGGUUAAUAGCAGUGGGUGAUGGGAAACAGCGCUUCGGGCAUUGUGUAACGGCGGAUUCGGGCAACACGGUGGGAGAAAUAAGCGGCCACUCUGCGCAAGUCAACGCAGUUAGCAUUAGACAGCAACGACCUCUGCGAGCAGCAACAGCAGGAGACGACAAAAAUCUAGUCUUCUACCACGGCGCACCCUUCAAAUUCAACGACAUUCCAGGCCGCGGCAACCAUACCAAUUUCAUCUACGGAGUCGCCUUCUCACCGGACGGAAGCCACCUGCUGAGUGUGGGUGGUGACAGGAAGAUUUAUCUGUAUGAUGGUAAGACCGGAGAGGUCAAAACAGAGAUCGUGGAUGGAUCAGAAGGCCACAAGGGCAGCAUCUUCGGCGUUUCUUGGUCAGAAGACUCGAAGAAUUUCGUGACCUGCUCAGGCGACCGUACGGUCAAGACCUGGGAUGUCGAAGCAGGAAAGGUGACACACGCCUGGUCUUUUGGCGAUGGUGUUUCUGUUCCAGAUCAACAAGUCGGCGUUGUUUGGCCAGCAGGCAGAUCGGAUGGUCUGAUUAUUUCUCUAUCGCUCAGCGGAAACCUCAAUUAUCUGAACACCAAUUCAAGCAAGCCGACAAAGGUUCUUUCCGGCCAUCAGAAAAACAUCACAGCACUCACAUCUUCAGGGGAGGCCAACAGCGAAACUCUAUGGACAGGAAGCUACGAAGGUCGCCUCUGUGCUUGGGAUGCUGCCAGUGGAAGCGCAGAGACCAUCGAGGGCGACGGCCAUACGAAUAUCAUUUCGGGUCUCGCAGCCACCCCGCCGGGUCCGCACCCGCAGGUUUUUUCAGUGGGCUGGGACGACUCGCUGAGAACAGUCGAUGUUGGUGCAAAGACCUUUACGGGAAAAGCUACACAACUGUCCUCACAGCCCAAAGCUUUGGCUUGCACCUCGGACUCAUUGGUCAUCGUUGCUCAGCUAGAGAGUGUGAUUGUCUACAGAGACGGAGAAGAAGACGGAGAACUCCCGCUCAAAUCGACACCAACUUCUCUAGCUUCAUCUGGCAGUACAGUCGCCAUUGGCUCGCAGGAUUCGAGUCUGCGGUUGUUCACAGUAACACCAGGAAAAGCACCAAAGCAGACUGCAGUUGUUGAAGAGGUCUCAGCAAGUCCAUUAACAGCGAUAUGCUUCUCUCGAGACGGCUCCAUGGUCGCAGUCGGCACUGCAGCUGGCAAGAUUUAUGUUUACAAGAUCAGCAGUGGAGUCACUGGCCUGAUCACAGGCUCGGUUUCUCUUGACCUUGUGACGGACCGCUGGAGUGCUCAUACCGGAAAGGUCACCUCCAUUGCAUGGAACCCAGAAGGGACAGGGGCUGUGUCCGGAAGUCUUGAUACCAACCUGUUCGUCUGGAGUCUGAAAGAACCAGGAAAGAGAGUCAAGGAGACCAACGCUCACAAGGAAGGAGUUAACGGCGUGGUCUGGCAGGGUGAUACGGUCUACAGCGCGGGUGCAGAUGCUACAAUCAAGAAAUGGAAGGUCAAGAUAACUUAG